AUGGCCACUUUCGACUUCAUUGCAUUGAGCAAAAAAGCCCACGCAGUGAUAACAAGCAAUAGGGGAGACCGUCAUGACAACAUAGAAACACAACAUGGAAGAAGAAAAGGAAAAGCACGCCAUAAAUUUACACCUGAGGAACUGCACAUACUGAAUCAAUCAUUUGCAGAGAGUCCUUAUCCCGACUAUACGACCAAGGAGGAACUGGCCAAAAAACUCCAUUGUUCGUUUUACACAAUCGAGAACUGGUUCCAAAAUAAAAGAGCCAGACUACCAGCCAAGAAGAGACGCAAAGUGCUUGAAGCCAGGAUGCCAUAUGCACUCCCUGUCCAAGGUCCCCCAGGUGUAAGCCUGCAGAAUGCCCAGGAGUGGUCUCCCAACGCUGCCCAGGUGGCUGUGCUGGACAGAGCUGUCUACACUGCUCCACAUGCCCAGCAGCGGUCUCCCAACUUUGCCCAGGCAUCUGUGCUGGGCGGAGCUGUCUACUCCACUCCACCCACAUGGGAGGUUCCCAGCCCGCUCUAUGGCUCCUGGGAUUCUGGGGUUCGAGGUGCUCAAGAGGCACCGAGCUAUGCUCUGGAGAAUCAAGGGAACGUAGGAGGUGGAUCUUUUCCCCGUGGCGUUCCAGGAGCAAGGUUUAUUCAUCCUUUUUCAUCCGCACCGUAUUUUGGGAGUUCCAGGUCAGAGAUGAGGGUCAUGCAGCCUGAUUGGCCUUCCCUGCUACCCGGUGUUCCCAGUGCUCAGGGAGCGAUGCAACAGCUGCAGGAGCAGAAGAGCUCUCUUCGUUACCCACCAUGUGAAGAGUGGCAGCAGAAUGGCUGGGGAACGCACCCUCAGCAGCCCCAGCAGCCUCCGGAUUACUGGCAGGAGCUGCCCUCCCAGGACCAGUUUCCAAUGCAGCAGAAUCACAACAGCGCAGAGAACGGGGUGCCUUUUCCUCUGUCCCAGCAGCAGCCUGGAGAUCGUGAAGGUGAUGGAGAGCUCACGUUCUUGCAGGUGUUGAGCACAGCUCUGCGGGUACUCAGUUCUCCAACAGAACCUCACGAGCAAGAUACGCAGCAAGGUGGUGCCCGAGAUGCCCAGUUCUGAAAUCCAGGACAUUUUGAAAGAGGAACACACCGGUGCCAACUUCUGGGACUAGAAAUGUGGCUGCAGGAAAUGGCGUUGGGUUUUGAGUCAGCAGAUGCCUGUGAUACUACAAUUGUGUACCU